CACAACGGGCGUCAGUUUACUAUCGAGCUUCGUAUAAAGUUACGAAGUUUCUCCAAAAAAUUUGUGUUUAUUUAUUUGUUUCGAAAAAUCGUUUGUUUUCUUUUUCUGCAGAAAAUCUCAGUUACGAUGUCCUAAAAAGAACACUGAAAGAAGCUGAAAAAUAAAUAGUGUACCAAAAAAAACAAAACACUGAAAAAGAUGGCCAAAUGCCAUUCAUUACCAGAUUGAAAUUUUGGCUUUUAGGACUAUUAUUAUUGAGCUAUAUACUGGGCGUUGUGAUUUUGUCUGCCAUAUCGUUGCACGGAUUUAAGAAGGGAAAUUCACGUUUGGGAAAUAAGCCUAUAUCCCCAGACAAAUCGCUAGUCCCGAAACCGCAACUACCAAAACGCGUAAGAAGCUCGGAUUACAGCGCAGGAGCUUUUCGGCCAGUCUUGAAACGUUCCAAAAUCCAUUGGUGCUCAGAAUUGAAAUUUAUACCGCCAGAUGAUGUUUUUGGCAAACAGAAACCGGUAGCUCUGGUCAGUUUUCCUGGCAGUGGCAACACUUGGUUAAGAUAUUUGUUACAGCAAGCCACAGGUUAUUACACAGGAUCAGUCUACAAAGACUAUGGACUACUAAAAAACGGAUUUCCUGCCGAAAGCAUCGUAAACAGUUCAGUAUUAGUGGUGAAGACUCAUGAGUGGGGCCUUAAUGCCAGAAACAUGUUCUCCAAAGCGAUUUUAUUGGUCAGGGCGCCCGACAAAUCGAUACAGGCCGAAUUUAAUCGACAAAGUGGCGGUCAUAUUGGAUUUGCUUCGCCAGAUAGAUACCGUAGGAAUAAUGGAAAAUACUGGAACCAAUUCGUAGCCGAUAACCUCAGAGGUUGGCACCAGAUCAACAUGGACUGGCUGUACAACUUCACUGGGCCUACACACGUGAUAUUCUACGAACAACUAGUGGAUAAUACGGAACACACUCUAAAAACUGUGAUAAAUUUUCUAGGAGUUUACGUGCCGGAGAAAAAGUUUCAGUGCGCCAUCGAACAGAAAGAAGGAAUCUACAGGAGGAAAAGACGAGUCCUGAACUUUGACCCUUUCACCGCUGAAAUGCGAGUGAAAAUAAAGGCGCUGCAAGAGAAGGUGUACAAUGCCAUUUACAAGAUGGCAGCUCCUGAAAAAAGGUGAUAAUAAUAUAGUAAAAGCCGUAAAAAGUAUUCAAUUUCGUAUUCAAACCCGUGCAAUAAACCUUAAGGUUCCUGACUUAAUGUUUUUGUUGAUUUUUUUGAACAAUUUAACCGUUUUUAGAGAGUAAGCAUAAACAUGAUAUUUGACACCGUAAUAAUUAUAGAUUAGAUUAAGAUGACUUUGUAAUGUUUAGGAAAUUAAAUUUAGAAAUAGGAGAAAAAUAAGGUUGUGUGUUGAUUAUGAAUUCCACUAAAUUGAUUUUUUGCAUAAUUAGGGUUACCAAGGGUAUUAUAAGCCAAAUAACUAGGUAACAACAGGGUUGGAUAUUCUCGAUAUUCUCAUGUUUUUCUUUAAUAUGUCAUUAUUUGUUAUAAUAGUUUAUUAUGAACAAAUGAAACACCAGUUUUUCUUAUGGUGCAGUAUACGAUGUAUACAAAGUAUCAAUUUAUGUGGCUUAUAAUAGCGAUACCACCCUUGAUAGCUUAGGUAAUAACUAUAAUGGCUUUUGAACGUAUAACGCUAGACUGAUGGUAUUUUAUAAUAUAAUAUUUGCGAUACUGAAUGUAGGUUCAUAAUAAAAUGUAACUGACUUUUCAACAAUGUCGUUCUAAUUAUUUAUUAUUAUAACUUACCAAUGCCAAAUUUUAUAAAUUCAACAAGAAUAAUGU